AUGGCUUCUGAUAGCCCUAAAACACCAAAACCUUCUUACGCCGCCGCACUGAAUGCAGAUUCCCCAAUCCCUUUUGCCAUCGCUGAUCUGCCAUCCCCUUUUCUGGAGGAAGGUUUAAUCUCGAUUCGCAUCUCUGAGGAACCUUUUCUUCGUGGCCUGGAGAGAUGCAAAAGUAACUUGAUUGGUCGAGUUAAUUCCCAAAUCAAGACCCCAGACCUAGUUCAGCAACUGAAACAUCUAUGGUCCGGCUUGGAGCAAUGGACUGUGGCUCCUCUUGGCAGAGGAUUCUUUAUGCUGCAGUUCAAAACUUUGAGCGACAUGCAGCGCGUCUGGUCGUCGGGGACGGUGCGUUUGAAUUCCGGAAUGCUUCGUCUGAUCAAAUGGUCACCUGAGUUCUCACCAUCCACCUACAAAAACACUUUCGCGCAGGUUUGGGUGCGCUUCUGGGACUUAGGAGUUCUAGUCGACAUCGACCUCUCUCAAUCUCUUCAUGAUAAAAUCAGAAUCACCAGAGCAAAUGGUGAGGUCGUUGUGGUAGGGGUUGAAUAUGAGUCACCUCCUGAUAUUUGUAGCAGAUGUGGGAUUGUAGGGUAUAUCGCGGCAAACUGCCAUGCUGCGCCCUCUGAGAGCCCUGAGGAUGCCGGUGUCCCAACUGAGCGUGGCAGGUCCGUCGCACGCUCUACGCAGAAACGAAGGAAGAAGAAUAAGUCGCGCUCCCAGCGACGUUCAAAAUUAGACCCUACAUCGGGUUUGGCACCAACCAGGAACAUCACCUCUACUGUUAGGGCAAAGGCCGUAACAAAUACGGUGGAAGAGGCUCCUUUGAUUCCUGAGAACACUGUAGUUUCCAGUGAUAGUGUUCCUCCAGGCUUCCAAAGACUGGUUCCGGAAAUUGAAGCGCAAGACUCAAGCUCCACAUCAACUCCCGUGGUGUCAGCAGUAGCUCCUCCAAUUGUUAUCGCAGACUGUAAUCAAACCUCAGAGGAUUGCCCGUUGGAGGAGAGUACUGAGGUGCUAGAAGAAGGUGAAUUCACACCAGUCCUUUCUAAGAAGUCAAAGAAACUGUUGAAGCAGAAUGACAAAACGAAAAAGAAAGUUGUCUCCCGCAAGCCCUCUGGACGUGCUCUCCUUAACAAGGAAGCUAAUCUCAAGUGUUUUUAA